AUGAGCUCGCAGGAGGAAAGCCAGCAGUCGCAGGACAGCAACAUGACGGUGAUGCAGGACAACCGGCGCGAGGUGCUGUACUUCGCCUAUGGGUCCAACUUGUCGACCGAGCAGAUGCGCCAGCGCUGCCCCUACUCGACGCCUGUUGGGUUGGCGCAUCUGGAGGGGUGGAAGUGGUUCAUCAACGGACGCGGAUAUGCCAACGUUGCGCAAGUCACACUGGACGACGAAAACUACGACGACAGACAAGUAUCGAGCUCUAGCAGCAACAAGGGCAAGGGCAAAACCAGAGACGAAGAGGGCGUCUAUGGACUGCUGUAUCUGCUGCCGCCGCAGGACGAGGAGCAGCUCGACGGCUACGAAGGCGUCCCAUGGGCGUACCAGAAGUUCCAGGUGGACGUCAAGUGGGUGCGCGGCGACGGCGACGGCGAUGGCGGCACCGACGAAGCACCGCUACGCGCCCUCAUAUACGUGGACGGCGAGCGGACCGACGAGGAUGUGCCGCGGGACGAGUACGUGGACCGGAUGGAGCGUGGGAUCCAGGACGCGGUUGACAACUGGGGCUUGGACGAAGGGUAUGCGGAUCGGGUUAUGAGGCGUUUCUGGGAAAUGCCACGGUCCCUCAAAGGUCAGGCCUCGCGUCAUCUUCUCCAGCGCCUCGCGAACCCAUCUUCGGCCCCCCCAUCACCACACAUCAGACGCCCCAGCACCAUGACAACUCGGCGAUGGUUCGCAUCCCAGAACCGCAGCUUUCCCGCACUCUUCGCGCGUGGCGGAACCUCCAACGGCCUCGUUAUUGAUCGUCGCGACCUCCCGCCACAAGAACAAUGGCACACCGUCCUGCCGGCCGCCAUGGGCUCUCCGGAUCCGUAUGGCCGACAGCUCGACGGCAUGGGUUCCGGCAUCUCAUCCACGUCCAAGAUUGUCAUUCUCGGCCCGCCUUCGCGCCCGGAUAUCGAUGUCGACUUCACCUUUGUGCAAGUCGCCAUUCGUGAAACCGAGCUGGACAUGGCUGGGAAUUGCGGCAACAUGUCCGCUCUUGUUGGUCCCGCAGCAUUUGAUAGUGGCAUCGUCGCGAACCCAUCUGUCGAGCGUGAUUCGGACGGCCAGCAGUGGGCAACUGUGCGGUUCCUCAAUACUAAUACGAACAAGGUCAUGGUGUCGCGCUUCAGCGUCGCCGGAGAGCCACUACGCUAUUCUCACGAGGGAGACUAUGUCAUGGACGGCGUGCCUGGGACUGGGUCAAAGAUAACCAUGAGUUUCAUGGAUCCUGCAGGUGCAAAGACGGGCAAGGCUCUUCCUACUGGGAACUCAGUGGAUGUCCUCCAACUAUCAGACGGCAGCACUGUCCAGGCAUCUCUCAUCGACGUCGGCAACCCCGGCGUCUUCAUCAGCACCGAGAGCCUCGGGUUAACGGAUCACAUGGCGCUAACUCCGCCUAUAGUCGAGGCUGAUGCGGUUCUUAAAGCCCGGCUCGAAGACAUCCGGCGUGCCGGCGCCUCCAAGAUGGGCCUCGACCCUCAGACCCAGAGCGUCCCCAAGAUAGUUCUCCUCUUCCCUUCCAGCGGCGCGCCCGAAAUCGACAUCCGAUGUCUCGCUCUAUCCAUGGGUCAGGCUCACAAGGCGGUUCCGUUGACGCUCGCGCUCUGUCUCGGAGCUGCGUCCCAGCUGCCCGGGACCAUUGCGGCUGGUCUGAUUGCGGGCAAGUCCAAGGACACGGUUACGAUUGGACACCCGAGUGGCACGGUGGAUAUUGGCACCACGAUCCGUGAUGGGAAAAUUGAAUCAGCCCAGUUGCUCCGUACUGCUAGGGUGUUGAUGAAGGGGGAUGUACUCGAUUUCCACGCUCUCAAAACCAUGGCCAAAUCGGUCCCGGGUCCGGACGCGACUUCGGCAUCGGAGCCGGGUCUCGCACAUCCGUAUUACCCGCUGAAUGUGCAAAUCCCGGGAUACGCGCCGAAUGAGACGACCGUCGUUCAACUUCUGCCCGUGUUUGGCGGCAUAAUUGCGGCCGUCGUCGGGUUGGUCUUGUUGCAGGCCGCCAAGAGCAGGUUUCCUUUGCGGCGUAUUGAUCACUUCGCUGCUGCUUGGUUUGCCUUGUGUAACGUCGAGACCAUCACCGCCAUUGCAUGGGGUCCGCUCUCGUGGCUGACAGUCCGCGGCAUUCUGGCCAAUUCGCCUAGCAGACACGUCACGCAGCUCAUUGUGUGCGUGGCGCACCUGUACGGCGUAGCCCUAUACUACCUGACCAACUGGGUGGAAGGACACAUGUACGGUGUGGCCUACAGUCGGCCAGAGUUCCUCUACUAUUGGGUCUACUACAUUGGCUUUAAUAUGCCGUGGGCAAUCGUCCCUGUGGUAUUGCUGUGGGACAGCUGGCAACAGACUGUGAAGGCCUUUUCUGCUUUGGAAGAAAAGGCGGCGAGAGCGAAGCAGGAAUAA